GCUAAAAGAGUUUGUGGAAAAUGGACAAGUGAAGAUCUAGAGCGUGCGUUGUCUGCUGUUCAUCGUGGAGACAUGAGACUAUCAGAAUCUGCCAGAGUAUAUGGAUUACCAAAGUCAACUCUAUCUCGACAUUUAACUGGGAAGAAUAAAGUUGCAACUGGUGAUGUUAAAUUUCAUGGUCAUGCUUGUAUUUUCACACCAGAAUUGGAAACAGAAAUUGUUGAACAUUGUCUUACUUUGGAAUCUAUGUACUUUGGAUUACGAGUUGAUGACUUGCUGAAGCUA